CGUGACGUCAUUGUCAGAUGACUCAAAACUUUCUUUUGAGCUAAAAGGGCUUUAAAUCGCCCAGCACUCAUUGUUCGUGCUGGAGAAAAGAUCCUUCUUCACCUAGAAGUAGACCAACAGUCAACUAUCUGACUAUUUUUGUUCUGUUUAAAUUAAUCCGCCUGAGUCAUCGCACAGAACUUCUCCCGAGACUUUGGUGACAAAUCUAAAGCAAGAUGGGUGACUGGAGUGCACUUGGAAAACUAUUGGAUAAAGCACAGUCGCAUUUGACUCCAGGAGGUAAAAUAUGGCUCACGGUACUCUUCAUCUUCCGCCUCCUGGUGCUGGGCACCGCGGUGGAAUCUGCCUGGAGUGAUGAGCAAUCUGCGUUCAAAUGCAACACAUUGCAACCAGGUUGCGACAACGUUUGCUAUGACAAAUCCUUUCCUAUAUCCCACAUUCGACUCUGGGUCCUCCAGAUUAUUUUUGUAUCAACGCCCACUUUGGUCUAUUUGGCCCAUGUGUUCCUCAUCUCUCAUAAAGAGAAAAAAAUAACUAAGAAGGAAAAACAAUUAAAGGCACUCCAAGAAGAAGGUGAAGAUGUUGGCCUGCCCUUGAAGCAAUUAGAACUAAAGAAAAUUAAGUAUGGCGUGGAGGAACAGGGCAAAAUUAAAAUUAAAGGAUCUCUCUUGCACACUUAUGCUGUCAGUAUAAUCUUUAAAGUCAUUUUUGAAAUCACUUUUAUAUUAAUUCAGUGGUGCAUUUAUGGUUUCAAAUUCAUGCUGGAUGCUAUUUACACCUGUGAGAGGUACCCAUGCCCACACAAAGUAGACUGCUUCCUGUCACGACCUACAGAGAAGACGAUUUUUAUCAUAUUUAUGUUGGUGGUAUCUGUUAUCUCAGCAAUGCUGAAUAUAGCAGAGCUCUUCUACAUCGUCUUCAAAAAUUUAGCUGAUCGUGUCAAGCAGAAUAGUCACUUAUUUCAGGGCACUCAAAAAAUGGGCUUGAAUCCUCUCAAAGACUCUGCCUCAUCAAAGUAUGCCUACUACAAUGGGUGCUCCCCGCCAUCUGCUCCCAUGUCCCCUCCUGGAUACAAGCUUGCUACCGGGGACAGGAACAUGUCCUCCUGCAGAAACUACAACAAGCAAGCAAAUGAACAGAACUGGGCAAAUUAUAGCACAGAGCAGAACCGGAUUGGCCAGGCUGGUAGCACCAUUUCCAACUGCCAUGCACAGGCAUUUGACUACCAAGGUGAACAUCCAGCCAUGCAAAAGCUAUCAUCUGUGACGGAGUUGCAACCAGUGGGGCUCACGGAACAGAGGCCUCCCAGUAGAACCAGCAGUAGAGGGAGCAGUAGGCCUCGACCAGAUGACCUCGAGGUCUAACCCAGCCUAUUAUUUCAGACACUGCCUCAUUUCUACAGUCUUGAGUAGAUACACUUUUUUUUGGUUCUGGAUAUGCUUCCAGAUGUUGGUACCUAGUAGUUUUGAGGUGUACACAAUAUCAACUAACAGUUCAGUGGUAUUACCUUUUUAAGUAGGACCACACUAAAGCACAACAGAAAUCAUGCAUUUGAGGACAUUCACUCCUGUAAAAUCAUUUAACAAAAGCCCCGCUGAAAAUGUUAAAGAAAUUCUUAAAAUGAAGAAACUUAACCGAUGUUAUGCAAUUUCUUGCCAUACUCUUGCAUAUCGCCAAAGUAUUCCUUUAUUAAAGAAUUUGACUUUGCAUCAGUGAUUUAAGCCCAGUAAUAAUAUUCCAAGAUACGACCCUGCACAAUGAUGUUUUUCUCCAUUCUGGUUGAAGUAAUUCCUUUGCAGCACCAGUAAGACUCUAAAUUCCAUUCUCAGUAUCAAAAUAAUUUGGAAUAAAAAAAAUUACAUUGCAGAGUUUACAGAAAUUGAUGAUUUGUUCAUAUGUAUCAGAUUCCUUGCUCUGCACUUGAAAUUAUUUAUCCAUUGUAUAAUUUCAUAUUUCUUGACUAAUGAAUAUUUGGUAUUUUUUAUCGCAAGUUUGUGUCAAAUUGAUUUAGCAGUACUAUGUUCAUGACUGACAUUGUUCAUUAAAUAAAGACUUUCAUUGAAUAAAGAAUAAUUUCAUAUAAUUGAUCUUUAAACUAAUUGGGAGAACUUUAAAAGACACAAGAUGUUUGUACAAUUAGUAUUACACAUAUUAAAAUGUAUAUUGGCACAGAUUUAUAAUCUAAUAGUCAAACUAUUAACUUUUUAUUCAUCCAAUCUUACUUCAGGCAGAAUGAGUGGACAGCAAAAAUGGAAAAAAAAGUUGGGAUUGGGUGUUUCAGAAAAAGUCUAUGGUGAUAUAUUCCCAAGGGGCCUAAUUGGUGUUUGUUUCUUUAAGUAUCUGUGCAAAUAUGGUAGGGCUAAUUUUGUUGUUUUAAUUGUGUAAUAUGAGUUAUCCAUGGAAUGGACCAUGGCUUGUUUGAGAACGAUAAGAAUGAUUGUGAGUUUUAUGUUAAGCAAUAGCAACUUGAUCCUUUGUGUGAAUGAAAUUUUAAAACUAUUUAA